AGACUCUUUGGUCUCCACAGAGAGAGAGAGAGAGAGACAAAAAAGACACAGAAAAUUAGAAAACAGAAAAGAAAACGAGCUUUCACCAACACUCCACUACCAAACAAACCAAACAAACACAAAGAAGAAAGUUUCUUCCUUUCUCCUGCCAUUCCCUUUAAAAAGGUUCUUAAAACAGCCAAACCCAAAAACCCAACUCACAAAAACACUCUCUCUGUUAUAGAUCCGCUCCUUUGCAAAAGGGCUUUGCGUUUUUGGUGUGAAAUUCAUUGUGGGGUCCAUGAAGAUUUCUGGGUCGUCCUUAAGUUUCAGUCCAAUGGCCUGGCGGCGAUGAUCAAUUUGUUUCUUUGUGAAGAAAGUUGGUUUUGCAACUGAGUAUUAGUUGUGAAGUUUAGUACUUUAGUGCUUUCUGUGAUAAGAUGCAAUCGGAUGGGUCAGAAUCAGUAAGCCCAACAACCCAAAGGCUACAGUCUUUGUCAGCCGCUGAUACCAGAGGGAAGCAUAGGAUACAGGCCGAGUUGAAACGGCUCGAGCAAGAAGCUAGAUUCUUGGAGGAAGAGUUGGAACAACUGGAAAAGAUGGACAAGGCCUCAGCUGCAUGCAAGGAAAUACUGAACAAUGCAGAAACGAGGCCUGAUCCAUUACUCCCAGUAACACAUGGCCCUCUUAAUCCAUUCUGGGAUCGAUGGUUUGAAGGCCCCAAAGAUUCAAAAGGUUGCAGAUGCUGGAUACUGUGAUGAUCAUUGCUCAGUUUCAGGCUUCCAUUAUCAUUUGUUCACAGAGGCUACGAUUCAGACGUAUCACAGAUUUCGAUUGUUGCUGUUAUUCAGGAAUGUUUUACUAGAUGCUUCAUUGUGCAGAUGACAAUUUAUGGCAACGCUUCCAUUCGUGUGCCUUUAAUUUAGGGCAGUUGUGCAGAGUGUAGCAAGUUUUCAAUUAAAUGCUUCAGUGUUUUGGCAGAGCAUAAA